AGAUGAACAACAUUGUUGCGUUUUUGUAGGGAAUGAUUUGAUGCAUUAUGGCGGUUAGUUCUUCUUGAGUCCAUGCGGUGCCGUAACCUUGGUAUGUGGAGGCAUUUCACGCGUCAAGUGUAGAACCUGUCUGGGCCACAUGUAUUUGCUGUUGCAAUAGUGUUGUAAUAGAUUCAGAUCAGCGUGGUGUGAUGACCAGCGCAGAUAGCCUAGCUAGCCGCGCGUCGUCGGUUGCCCAUAUUUGAUGUGAGAGCUGAUCUGGAACAAGCUUGGGAAAACGUCGACACAAGUUUCCUGUUUAUAUUUGGGAGUCGCCGGAGCAGUGAGUGGGAGGCAGGAAGCAGCUACAGUAGUUGCUGAUAACAUGAUGUCACAUUUGGGUCUCUUCUCCGACUGCGCUGACGCACAUCUGUAGCCAGUGUUGCUGCUGUUGUGAGGAGACUGGAUGGCUCUUUCUUCAGUGUCGCUGCUGCUGCUGCUGCUGCUGAUCUCGAUCGGCUCAACUUCAGCUCAUGGGAAUGGCUCCGCUGUUGGCCCGCGAACCUUCUCGGGUCAGCCGGUGCAGGACCAGAGUGACCGGGCUGACUACCUGGACCCGUCUUGGAUCGACGACGGCGGCUCCGGCUCUGUCCCGCCUCAGCAGCCAGUGAAGAAACACCACCAUGACGGCCAGAAACUCUUCUUUGUCUCUGACGAAGCCCGGAGUUUCCUCCAGAGUCGCCUGGCGACUGUCUUUGUCCCGACCCUCUACACGCUGGUCUUUGUCCUCAGCGUCCCCCUGAACGCCGUCGCCGUGGUGAUGUUCGUGCAGCUCAUCCGACCCAAGAAACCGGCUGUGAUUUACAUGCUGAACCUGGCCAUCGCCGACCUGCUCUUUGGCCUGCUGCUUCCUUUCAAGGUGGCGUACCACUAUCAAGGCAACAACUGGGUCUUCGGGGGCGCCCUGUGCCGGGUGGUCACCGCCUCCUUCUACUGCAACAUGUACUGCUCCGUCCUGCUCAUGACCUGCAUCGGCGUGGACCGCCUCCUGGCCGUGGCCUACCCCAUCCAGUCGUUGAGCUGGCGGAGCUCCCAGGCGGCCUCGCUGGUCUGCGUGUCCAUGUGGCUCCUGGCCCUGGUGGGAGCGGCGCCCCUGCUGGUCUCAGAGCAGACCGCGUACCUGCCGGAGUUGAACAUCACCACAUGCCACGACGUUCAGGAUGCAGCCAAGCUGCAGACCUUCUACCAGUUCUUCUUCCCCAUCUACUCCUUUGUCUUCUUCUUCAUCCCCCUGGUCCUCACCGCUGCCUGCUACCUACGUGUCAUCAGCGUCCUGGCAGCCACCAGCGUCCAGAACCGAUCUCGUAAGAAGCGAGCGGUGGUCAUGGCUGUGAUGGUGCUGCUGGUGUUUGUGCUCUGCUUCACUCCCACGAACGUCAUCCUGCUGGUCCACUACAUCCAGCUGUCCAGCCGCCCCAGUGACGGGACCUACCAGGCCUACCUCCUCUCUCUGAGCCUGGGCAGUGUCGCCUGCUGCCUGGACCCGCUCCUCUACUACUUUGGCUCCUCUCAGUGUCAGAAGCAGGUGAUGGCUUUGCUGCGGGGCCAGCGCUUGGCACCCACAGCGAGCAGCAGCAGCACUCGCAGCAGGAAGACGGUCACCAGCAUGGUUGGAGCAACAGACCCGGGUCAGAAUGGACUCGUGAAAAUGUACCAGCAGCUGGCUGCAUGAGGAACUCUGACACCCUAGUGCUCAUGGGAAAACCACACAUUGACAUUCUUUGUCUUUAUUGCUCGAACGUGAUGGAUUUGCUUGUGUAUAUUCACUGUAACUGAACAGCAUUUCUGGACAUAAAUCUCUAGAAACUUUCUUUUUUUUGUACAAACAUGCUUGGACCACGUCCCAAUGUAACUCUUGGUUUGUAAUGCAACUGCGUCAACUUUUCUCCUUAAAGAACAAACACAUUUCCUCUGGACCCAUUGUGGAUUGAUGCUGGAAUCUGUGUAUCAUCAUCCUCCCAAAUUGUAGUAGUUCAAAGUGUUUGCGGGCCAAUGACCUGGCGGGCCAGUUUUGGCCCCGGGGCCUUGAGUUUGACACAUAUACCUUUUGGAGUUUUUUCACCACAUAAAUCUUUUAUUAAAAGAUUUUUCAUAAUACUACA